AUGGGAAGGGGGCAAGGAUGGGAAGGGGGCAAGGAUGGGAAGGGGGCAAGGAUGGGAAGGGGGCAAGGAUGGGAAGGGGGCAAGGAUGGGAAGGGGGCAAGGAUGGGAAGGGGGCAAGGAUGGGAAGGGGGCAAGGAUGGGAAGGGGGCAAGGAUGGGAAGGGGGCAAGGAUGGGAAGGGGGCAAGGAUGGGAAGGGGGCAAGGAUGGGAAGGGGGCAAGGAUGGGAAGGGGGCAAGGAUGGGAAGGGGGCAAGGAUGGGAAGGGGGCAAGGAUGGGAAGGGGGCAAGGAUGGGAAGGGGGCAAGGAUGGGAAGGGGGCAAGGAUGGGAAGGGGGCAAGGAUGGGAAGGGGGCAAGGAUGGGAAGGGGGCAAGGAUGGGAAGGGGGCAAGGAUGGGAAGGGGGCAAGGAUGGGAAGGGGGGCAAGGAUGGGAAGGGGGCAAGGAUGGGAAGGGGGCAAGGAUGGGAAGGGGGCAAGGAUGGGAAGGGGGCAAGGAUGGGAAGGGGGCAAGGAUGGGAAGGGGGCAAGGAUGGGAAGGGGGCAAGGAUGGGAAGGGGGCAAGGAUGGGAAGGGGGCAAGGAUGGGAAGGGGGCAAGGAUGGGAUGGGGGAAGGGCGGGAAGGGGAGAAGGGGCGGAAGGGAAGUGA